AUGUAAGUAUCAAAAUAGGAGGCAAUUCUUAAAGAAUUGUUUGAAGAUGAUUAUUUUACUUAAAUAAUUGAACAUCCUUCUGUUCAAUCCCCUUAUGAAGAACUCACUUGUUCAAUUUGUUAUAAUCUUUUUGAUAUACCAAUAAUUUUACCAGACUGUAAACAUACAUUCUGUAGAGAUUGUCUUGAUGAAUGGGUUAGUAAAUAAGCUAUGAAUUGUCCUCUUUGUAGAGUAAAUGUUUCAAAUUAUUUAAGUAAUGAUUUAAUUACCAUUUUUUUAAGCAAAUUAAAAAUUGAAAUUUAGUUUAAUUGAUUUUAAUACUAUGUUUUUGAUUGAUAACAUUGAAGUUAAAUGUCCACAUUGUUAAUGGAAAGGUAAAACUAAAGAUCUUAAACUUCAUUAGUAAAAAUAUUGUAAUCUUAUAUCAUGUCCAUUUAAUUGUGAUGGAUAAUUUAGUGCAUAAGAAUUAGAUAUUCAUAAAGAUAUUUGUUAAAAUAGAAUUAUUAAAUGUCCAUAAUUUUGUGGUGAAGAAUUCGAGGCUCAUCAAGUAUUUUAUCAUCUCUAAAAAUGUAUGUAUUCAUACAAACAAUGCAAUAAAUGUAAUUGUAUUUUGUAGAAUGUUAAAUUACUAAAUCAUAAUUGUAAUACUGGUUCAUGUCGUAAUUCUUAAUUUGGAUGUACUAAAAUAGAAAUGCAUUCGAAUUGUGAUUUUGAAUUAAAUUAUUGUAAGAAUUGCUUCAAUUUCUUAAUGAAUAAAGAUUUAUAGACUCAUAAUUGCUAAAAUAAGAUUAGUAUAUAAUAAUUAUUAAAAUCUUAUCAAAAUGAAUUAAUUGAAUCAUUAAACCCUGUCAAACAUGAUCUUAAACUCUUAGAAAAGGCUAUGAAAAAAUGUUAAUUAGAAUCUAUACUAUUAUUAGAUGUUCCAUCUGAUAAAAUAAACAUUAUUGAAAUCUUACAAUCUUUUGGACCAAUACAAAAUCUUAAAUAAUAUUUGAGCUUUCCAAAUAUUGAAUAAAAAAAGGUGGCUGUUAGAUAUUUUAAUUCCAAUUCAACUCAAUGUUGUAAAAGAUAUAUUUAAAUAUUUGGAAUUACAUCUCAAUCUUUGGAAAUGGGAUAGAAAUCAAUUAAAUUAUAAGCAAAGUAGAAGAUAACAUGA